CGUGCGCGCAAAGGUGAGCUGCUUUUUGAGUUUACUAAAUGACUGCAGCAAGAAAUACAGCAGCGUUUGCACGGGCUUACGGGUGACAGGAGACGCGCUGAACGUCGCAAUUUCAUUUUUUCCUAUAAUUCUGGGUUGCACUGAUUGUUGGAAUUCUUAAAAAAGAAAAAAGGGGGGGGAAAAAAUACAUCUUCAAUAUGAGAUUGAAAACGAGUCGCGUCUUCUAAGUGGACCGGACAAUGGAAGUGGCUUCUUGCAGCAGUAUUGGUUCGCCCUUGGGAAACAAGUACACAGGAAAUAAGAGAAUCUGUGAAAGCCCGUUGGUCCGCACCGGCCGGGUUCCUGCGAGCGCGCGCGGCUCCGAAGCGACGCAGUGUAUCGCGGAACGCGUGUCACUGGAUGCGUAAAGAUAUCAAAAACACUCGCGUAUGCAUUUAUUCCAUAUAACUUAUUUUGGAUUCGCGCCUUGCCUAGGAGGUCUAGAGUUGAAAGCCGGACGGUUUAAACUCGACGUGCACGUGUGAAGCCCGGAUGAAUUCACGGCGCUAGAGUAUUUGGCGCGCCGUUAUGGAUUUGCCCGGAGUGAACGUCUGAAAUUGAGCUGGAUAGCGCGUCCCGAUCCAGAGACCCUUCGCUGUGUGCCAGCCGACAUCAGGUGUCAGGAUCAUGAUCACCUCGUUUCUAUGGUCUUAAAAACGUCCCCUCUCUUACCUUUGGAUCUGGUAUACUACAAGCCAGCAGACACAAUAGCAAUCGAUCAUCAUCGCAACUGAGAAAUCGUGCAAGAAAGACCUCAAAGCUGACAGACACAAUGUGUAGAUUAAGCGCACUCGGAAUUUAUUUGUGGGAAACCUUAUUGUUUUUCAGCCUGGCAGCAUCCCAGCAAGCUGCAGCACGGAAAGCUGCCUCCCCUAUGCCACCUUCGGAAUUCUUGGACAAACUCAUGGGGAAAGUGUCUGGGUACGAUGCAAGAAUCAGACCUAAUUUUAAGGACCCACAUGGCCCCAAAUCGGAUGGUACUCACAAGAAAGGUCCACCUGUGAAUGUAACAUGCAACAUUUUUAUUAACAGUUUUGGAUCCAUUGCUGAAACAACAAUGGAUUACAGGGUGAAUAUUUUCCUGAGACAGCAGUGGAAUGACCCUCGACUGGCUUACAGUGAAUACCCUGAUGACUCCCUUGACCUUGACCCCUCUAUGUUGGACUCCAUUUGGAAACCGGAUUUGUUCUUUGCCAAUGAGAAGGGGGCUAAUUUCCAUGAAGUUACCACUGACAACAAGCUGCUGAGGAUCUCCAAAAAUGGGAAUGUGUUAUAUAGCAUAAGGAUAACGCUGGUUCUGGCCUGUCCCAUGGACCUGAAGAAUUUCCCGAUGGACGUGCAGACUUGCAUAAUGCAGCUGGAGAGUUUUGGCUACACUAUGAACGAUCUGAUAUUUGAGUGGGAUGAAAAAGGUGCUGUGCAGGUGGCUGAUGGACUGACGUUACCCCAGUUUAUCCUGAAGGAGGAGAAAGAUUUACGCUACUGCACCAAACACUACAACACAGGGAAGUUCACAUGCAUCGAGGCCCGCUUCCAUCUGGAGAGGCAGAUGGGCUACUACCUGAUUCAGAUGUAUAUCCCCAGUCUGCUAAUCGUCAUCCUGUCCUGGGUGUCCUUCUGGAUCAACAUGGAUGCUGCUCCUGCUCGUGUGGGCCUGGGCAUCACCACGGUGCUCACCAUGACAACACAGAGCUCAGGCUCCAGAGCCUCUCUGCCAAAGGUCUCCUAUGUGAAGGCCAUUGACAUCUGGAUGGCUGUGUGCCUGCUGUUUGUCUUCUCGGCUCUGCUGGAAUAUGCUGCUGUCAACUUUAUCGCUCGCCAGCACAAAGAGCUGCUGCGCUUCCAGAGGAGGAGGCGACACCUAAAGGAGGACGAGGCAGGUGAAGGGCGCUUCAGCUUUGCAGCCUAUGGCAUGGGCCCUGCAUGUCUGCAGGCAAAAGACGGCAUGGCCAUCAAGGGCAACAACAAUGCGCCUGCGUCCAGCAUGCCACCUGAGAAGACCGUGGAGGAGAUGCGCAAGCUCUUCAUCAGCCGCGCCAAGCGCAUCGACACGGUGUCGCGAGUCGCCUUCCCACUCGUCUUCCUCAUUUUUAACAUUUUCUACUGGAUCAUUUACAAGAUCAUCCGCAGCGAGGAUAUUCACAAGCAGUAAAUAUAAAGGGUGAGAUCCGAGCUGAAAAAGCUGCCGCUGUCGCUGCCCACCACCACCCCACCUCUCCCCCGUGCCCACAUCCUCUCCUCAGCACUCACUUGCUUUCAGUGCCGAGUCAUUGGCAGAGGUAUUUCUCAAUAUUCGUUUUUCUUUCAUCUGUCCUUUUUCCUCCGGUUCUCCUGAAUAAUCUGGACCUGUGCAAUAGCAAUGCAGUAAAAUGCAUGAUAUGAAUGUGGCAAUAUAUUUACUAAAAAAUUUUAAAAAAUAUAAUAAAAAUGGCAACAUAAAUAUUAGACUUUCCCAGAUACAUCAGAGAACCUCUGAGCAAACUGAAAUUCAAGGGGCUGUUGCUCAUGUGAGACUUUCUUAUUUUUUUUGCAACGUGAAGACAUGCUGCAUUAUGGGAAUAUGAAGGAGAUUACAUGCAGCACUGUAAUAUAUCAAAUGUUUAAAAGCAAAACUCAAAUUAUUUCAAGAGAGCUUACUGGAAAACGGAAAGGUUUUAAAAGAACGCCACGCGGAUGGUUUGGUGCUUCCAUAAUUAAGUAAUGCAAGAGGCGCUGGAAUAUAUCUAUAUCUAUGUCUAGAUUUGCUUCAAUAUAUGUAUUGCAAGCACUUGUCAAUGCCCAGAAAAACAGGAUGUCAUGAUGAUGACGUCCUGAUGUCAUGAUGUCACUUUAACAGUGGAAGCUUGACGAGUGACCGUCAGAAAUAUAUUGUUUAUACCAGCUGUGGUCAGUGUGAAUUUUUUGUCCAGAUUAUGUCAUUUACUCACGUGCCAAGUGAACAGCAUGUCGCUGUACCAUUUUCCUCAGCUUUUGUGAACAACAACAAAAAAAAAAAAGAUAAAAAAAACAAAAAACUUUGGGCUAUAAACCUUUAUUGCUUUAUUUAUUCAGACAACAGAUAUAUUUACAAGCUAUGUAUUAUGACAUGACCGAAACUAGAGGAAAACGUAUGAGAAGUGUUUUAUCUCUCAGCUCCAUUCCAUCGGUUUGCAUUUUCAAAGCAUAGACAUCAUGAAAAAAGUGAUAAUUUUCUUCCCUGUAACAGCAUUGUGUUGUUUUCCGCAUCACCAUCAGCUCCAGCAGAAAGUGUUAUUUUUAUAAGCAACCAGCGCAACCAUACACUUAAAUAUAAAUAUCUAACAACCAAAUGUGUAUUACUGUGACUUUUAAAUCAAAGUAUGUAUUGUGCAGCAGAGUUAAUCAUUUGCAUUGUAUUUAAAUGAUGAUUUUUGGUUACAACAUGCUUCCAUGGAUUACAUCCUCAUCUGGCUUCUCUAUGCAAUAUGAAUAUAUGCAAUUAUUUUCUUUGUUUGUUUUUUUUUAUUUCCUUAAAUGUCCUAGUCUUGUUGUGGCUAUAUUUAUUUAUUUAUUUAUUUGUUUGUUUGUUUGUUUGUUUGUUUGUUUGUUUGUUCGUUCAUUCAUUCUUAAAGAAGCACUCUGUCCACUAUGCAUGACAAAGGUACCUUUUUUUUUUUUUUUACACGUUAUGCACAUUAUUUUUUUCCUCCCAUUUUCAUUUUCCCAAUUUUGCUAAUGUUUUAUUUUCUUGAAAGAAAUGAAACUGCAUUCUCGCCAUGCAAGGUCCUGGAGGCAGUGUGAAUUAUGAUUCAUUACCAUUCAUGAGAUUGGUGCAGUGUUUCUCUCCACUCCUCAUUCUGUUUAUUCACUUGAUUUGUUUUCUUGGCCAAAGAGCAAUCUCCUUAAAGCGUCGCCACUGCCUUUCAGCUGUGCAAGCGAGUACCCGAUGUAAAGGGUUCAUCUUUUUAUCUGAAAUAUUAUAUCAUAUUUAUGUUUUUGUAGCAUUGCCUGGAGAAAAUGUGAUGGAAUUAAUAAGAGGUGUAAUUAUCGCACAAGGCCCAUAUUUAUUCAUGUAUUUGUUUAAGUAGAAUUCAAAUAUCGGUUUGUACGUCUGAAAUGAGAAAUGAAUGUACAUUAGAUUUUCAUUAGAGUGGGAAUGUCUCUGUCUCAUGGUCUGUCGGAGUGCAAUCAUCACAAAACCUCUCGGUUUAACACUUUUCUCGCUCCAGGACAGAUGAUUCAGCUUGUGCAAGGCCUGAAAAUUGUGUGCCGCAUGGAAUCAUGGGAGAGGAAAUUGUGGCAAAAUCCUAAACCGUGUUGUUUUGUGCUCCUCCUCUGAGCCAUUAUGUCAUGUUAAAUUCUUGAGAAAUCUCAUUUAUUUAUUUGAAUUUCUUAUGAAUGACAGUCCUGUCUCUCUCUCUCUCUCUCUCUCUCUCUCUCUCUCUCUCUUCUCAUUCUUUCUCUCUCUCUCUCUCUUCUCUCUCUUUCUCUCUCUCUCUCUCUCUCUCUUUCUCUCUACUAUAAAUGCUCAGAACACAAGUAAACUCUUGUGAAUUCUGACCCACUUUUAAUCAGCAGUAGCCGUCUUUGUGUUCAGUUAGUUUCAGACUCCGUAGCACUGCAUCCAUGCAGCUACUCAACUGAUCAGCAAUUCAUUCUCAAAACUAUUGAAUGGCUAGAUUUUAUUUUGGAUUCGUAGCUUUUAAGUUAGGAAUAAUGACUAUUUCCUUUCUUCAUUGCAAUCCUCUCAUACACUAAUUGUGUUGUACAAUUAACAUUUUGGCUUCAUCCAUUUCUGUCAGCUGUGAAAUCAAAUCAAAUCCAACAUCUUCCACACUGUUUUAACACAUUUGUAAAACUUAUGCUUAGCUAAAUGUUGCUGUUUCCCCAAACACCCUUGAUGAUAAACGCUGCUUCAAAGCCACUUAUCGUACUCACGCUGCUGUUUCGUCCUUUGUGUAUAAGACUGCACUCACACUCGGAUCCUCUCUUUUAACUGCAAGCUGCGGUUCUAGAGACUGGACAGUCACAGAGGACUCAUAGUGUUUUGGAAAUGACGAACGGAGCAAUGUGAAACAUCUGCUAUGUGCAACCCCGCCUUUAGGAGGCAAAACUAUCAUGCAAAAAUUAAAUUAAAAAUUUGCAUUGGUUCUUUAAAAUUGUCAGUUUAUAAGGCAUGAUGCUAUUCGUUUAUGAUUUCUUCACUUCUAUUGAUACCUUUUUAAUGCUAACUCUUUAAGGGUGAUCACUGAGAGUGACAUUUGGCAUGACCGUCUCUUGUGAACACAAAGCCGUGGAGAAGGUUUUGGAAAUUCUUUUUUUUUGCAUAAGCUUGUAUGGCCUUAAUCUAUAUUUUUCUUUAUUUGUUUUACUUGUGUAUAUCUUGUAUUGGCACAAAGUGCAUCUCUUCAUUUUGCUAUUAAUCAUAAUUAAAGUGUGCAAUUCCCUUUUAAGCAGUAAAAAAAAAAGCAAAUAUGUUCUUUUUUUAUUUCUAAAUCUGAAACAGAAUAUUUUGCAUGAAUAUAAAUAAUGGCAGAUAUUUUUGGCUUGUACAGAAAUGUGAGCAAUUUGAAGAAAAAACGGAAUGUACCAUUUCUGCUGUAUCUGUAUAUAAUUAAAUAUUUAUUGAAAUAUGUCAUUAUGCUAAAGCUAAUUCUACUAUUAAAGGUUUUCUGAACAAAG